AUGGCAUCUCGUAGUGAUACUAUUUCCGUCGCCAGCGCCAUAAGACGACUAGCUAUGGAGAAUGUCUUUGUUGCUCAGAGCGAAUUGAUCGAGCUAACAGAAGCUGGUUUCAAGCUGGACUGGUUGAAGACAAAGCUUGAUGAGGUUACCUUGGAGAGGAAGAAAUCAAAUUCUGAUGGCUCUAGAGUUCAAGAACUCGAGGAACAAAACAAGAAUCUCAAAGUUGAACUGAGCAAGGAGAAAACAAAGUCUAGUGCUAAAGUCUUAUCACUGGAGCAGAGAGUGUCGGAUGUCGAAAAUGAGCUUAACAAGAAGACGGCCAAAUCUGCUUCUCCUAAAGCUUUUUCAUUCAAGGAUGUUGUGUACUUUUGGAAUACCAAGAGUAAAAGUGGUAUUCGUCGUUAUGAAAAACUAGACUGA